GGUCAGCGCUCGCAUGCUGCUCCGCUUUCCAUGAAUUGACAAUGUCGAGUCCAAGGUUUUCCGUGGUCAGGAUCCAAUGAAACCUCCGUCCAGAACAGCACCGGCCUCUGUGAAUACACAAAGAGGGAUUUACUGUGAGGUCAGGGUUGAAACAUCACGUGUCACCGCCCCACGGCCACUGGCGUCAUGUUGGUGGUUCUCCUGUCCUCCAUCGCUCCAGCUGCCCAGUGGGCUCGAUGGCCCAAUAAGACUGAAUAGAAGAAAUACAUGGAAGCUCUAAAACCAAGGUGUCCUGUAAAACGCUCUUUGACACUUUUUAUAUAUGGAGGAACAUGGGGCUCUGGAAGAAGAUCUUUCCUCCAUCUCCUAACCAGAUGAUUGGCUGAAGAGCUGAACCCAGUUGUGGUUUGUCCUGAUUCCUCCAUCUAUCCAGAGGCCAGAAAUAUAUUAUAUAUAAUAUAUAUAAGCUUUGAAUUGAGGUUAUUAAUUGAAGUAAAUCUCUAUAUGUCCUGUAUAUUUCUGAAUGGUGUUUACAACAUCAUGGAUUAUGAACAGAGGGAAGCAGUGGAAUACAUGUCCACUCUGCACAAAGCCAUGAAUGGGCUGGAAAACUUCCUGUGCUACUCAUCAACAAACCUACUGAAGAAACUCAGCAGGACAAAGUGAACCGGGGAGACAAAGAGACAAAAGCCUCCAUUGGCUUUGCUCCACGGGACUUCUGUUGUUCUUAUAGAAUCGUCCACAAAGUUCCAUGAACUUCUCACCUCACUGUCUGUGAAGGCGUCGCUGCAACAGGAGAAGCACAGACAACUUCUGGCAUCUGCUGACAUCAGAAAACUGCUGUAG